AGUUAUCCAAAUCCUACUGACAACACAAAGUGAAGGUUUGAUCCAGAUUAAAACUAGGAUUGGAGUCCGUGAUCUAAUCUGGUUUCAGAUUCCUUCUUUCCCUUUUGAACAACCCAAUUUCAAGAUUUGAUCCAAUCCGAUAACCAAAAUCCGAUUAGCUUACCUUUGAACAGCUGGCCCCUGGUUACCUGGCUAACGCUAACCCUGGCUAACGCUAACCCUGGCUAACGCUAACCCUGGCUAACGCUAACUAUGUUUACAGAAUUCCAAGAUGCUGCCACCUUCAAAGAGAUUCAAGAUGGAGAACAGUGUUUCUGUUCACCAGAAUGGGAUCCAGACGGUCAAAACAGGCCGGACCACACUGACCCCCCCUAUGACCCCCGCCGUGACCCCCGCUGUGACCCCUGGCGUGACCCCUGCUGUGACCUCUGUGACCCCCGGCGUGGCCCCUGCUGUGACCCCCGCUGUGACCCCCGGCGUGACCCCUGCUGGGAUCUCUGUGACCCCGGCGUGACCCCUGCUGGGAUCUCUGUGACCCCCAGCGUAUCCCCUGCUGUGACCUCUGUGACCCCCAGCGUAACCCCUGCUGUGACCUCUGUGACCCCCAGCGUAACCCCUGCUGUGACAGAUGUGACCCCCAGCGUAACCCCUGCUGUGACAGAUGUGAAGCCCUGCUCCGUCUCCGUUUCUCCUCUGCUGAUUGCAGCCGGAUCCAAACAGCUGAGUACCGCUGCUGCCUCCAGCGUCUGUGGCUCCACCCCCACCCAGGCUCUGCCCCCUGACUCGCCCAUGGAGGUGGAUCCUGUGGCUGCGAGCCAGGACCGGGUCCUUAGCUCCGGAGACAUCUCGGCCCAGAUGAAAGAGCUGGAGAAAGCUCUGAGUUCAAGUCCCGAGGCUCUGGAAAAAUCCGGAAACCCUGCAGAAUCACAGACUCCCGAGUCUGGCCUGGUCCCAGAUCCUGGCUUCACCCAGACCCCUGAGCCCGGCCCCUUGCCCACCCAGACUCUGGCUCCACCUCAGCAGCAGAAGGACUUGUCUGUGUCGCUACAGGAGGGCCAGGAGAUCUACAUCCAGACGGAGGGGCUGACGGUGCAGAUGGCCGAGCCCGGUCUGGACCGGAUUGUGAUUGUCAACGGGCCGGACGGCACCACCAUGCACAUCCAAACCCCCGAGGGCGUCCCGCUGGAGGCGGUGCAGGCGCUGCUGGGCAUCGAAGCAUCAGAUGCAGCAACGAAUCCUCAGUGAACCUGAACACACCACGCUGACAGUCUGCAUCUACAGGGUGGUGUUAUAAACCCCGGACAGAACCUGAACACACCACGCUGACGGUCUGCAUCUUCAGGAUGGUGUUAUAAACCCUGGACAGAACCUGAACACACCACGCUGACAGACUGCAUCAUCAGGGUGGUGUUAUAAACCACGGACAGAACCUGAACACACCACGCUGACCGUCUGCAUUUACAGGGUGGUGUUAUAAACCCCUGACAGAACCUGAACACACCAUGCUGAAAGUCUGCAUCAUGAGGGU